AUGGAGAUGGUCCUCAUCUUCACCUUCUGCCUGAUUCUAGCUGGUACUGAUGCUGUAACUACAGUAACUGGAUACAGAGGACGAUCAGUUCAGAUUAAAUGUCCCUACACAUCUGGAUAUGAAAAGAACAACAAGUAUCUCUGCAGAGCCAAAGUCUUCACCGUCACCAUCACUGAUCUGAGAAGAGAGGAUGCAGGAACUUACUGGUGUGUGAUAGAUCAGAUAGGGUAUGAUAAAUACACAGAAAUUCUACUGCUGGUUAAAACAGAUAAUCUCACCAGUACUGUCUCACACACCACACACACCACAUUCACUACAAACAUCACACACACCACUUCAACACACUCCAUGAGUCCAUCAGUGCAUGCUGAGAACACACACUUAACAACAGCUAAUCCACUAAAUGAUUCUAACCCUCCAAAUUCCACCCCCUCAUCUCAGGCUUUCUCAAUGUCCACCAUCAUCACUGCUGUAUCUGUGGUUCUUGUGCUUCUUCUUAUUGUCCUGUUAUUUGCUGUCGCUUUUCAGAGGAAAAAGAAGACCAGAGCCUCAUCUCCAGCCCAACCUGCACAAAGCUCCUCAAACCACAAUGUGGUUCCACAUCCUGAUUAUGUUUAUGAGGAGAUUAAAGACAACAUAAGUCUUACUAACACACUUUACUCCACUGCUCUGACUCCCACAAACCCCUCUGAGAUUUAUUCUGACCCUGAAUUACCCACAAUUCCCUCUGACUCAUCAGUCAGCGCUGCUCCACCAUCGGGUGUGAAAUCUGGUGAAAGUCUAACGUACGCAGCAGUGAGUUUUAACACAGAUUCUACAGCAGUGAUCUACAAACACGAGAACAACUCAUGUGAAUAUGCUACUGUUAAUGACACUGAAUGUGGCUGAUUAGCAUACAACAGAAUGCUAAUCAUCAUGAGUUAUUAUCAUAUUAUUUAUAAUUCAGUCUAUUUUAGGUCUCAUAUCUGUCUGGUCAGAAUGUGUUGAAAUAAUUCGAACAGCGGUGCUGACAAUAGUGCAACAGAUAAAAAGUGUUUCAUCUUAUAUUUAAAAAAAAAAUAAAAACAAUUCCUGCAAUAUGAGGAAUGAGGAAUAUGUAUUAUGUGUACAGUAUGUAUGUGUAUGUGUGUGUGUUUGUGUGACACCCUCUCCUUCUUCUCAUUUUACACAGUAACCCUUCUCUUUUAUAUGUGCAGCAUGACAUUCACACACACACACACACACACACACACACACACACACACGUGUGCGUGCGUGCGUGUGAAGGAGAGAGAAGGGGUGUGUGUGUGAAGGGGCGUGGUGUCCAAUGACACGUGCACACACAUAAUGGCAUGCUGACACAGAAAAAGAGAAAAUAGAUCUUUAACCUCUCUAUUGAGACACGCACACGUGUGUUAUAAUAAACAGUA